AUGCAAGAAGUGUCACUCCAGGCCAAGAGAUCAUGGCUCAGGCGCCGAUUUUGUUUUCCCAGUGUAGCUCAUGACACAGCGAGUUUCCCAUGUAGAAAGAAGACAUUCAAUCCCCUUUCAUGGAGAAACCACCCUUCUAAACUAUUCCCCGUUCUCCAUCCCGCACUAAAGCUUCGCGCACUGGCAUCUUAAUCGAUCC